UCUCAUCUGGGCGAUCUCCUCAACGUUGUGGGGCAUGGUUGUUACAGCGACGGAGUUUUUAAUACUGCCAAUUCGCAUUUCGAUCGCCAGUCAAACCCAAAGCCCCACCAAUCGCCAACUGGGUGCCUUGUGCAUUCGUUGUUGUACGCUGUAUUUGGAGGGAUCAAGGCCUUCCUCUCUAGUACUCCCCUCUCGUGUUCUGUUGGUAGUUGGUUGGGUCUAAGUUCGGGAACGAGGCACUUAGAGAGGGUUAGUCGAGAUUUGAGUCGCGAAACAGUUGUUGGAUUGCUAAUGGCGAUGGCAGCUCCUUCGUCUCUGUCGCAGUGCUACAGCAUUGGCAGUUUUUCGAAAAGCAAGCUCCUGGUGCAGCGUCCUGCGCCGCCUGUUGCUUCGCCUAAUGGGAAGGCCGGAGUUCCCCUGGUGCGGUGUGCGGUGUCUCAAGCUCAGAGCGCCCCUAAAAGAGAAACGGACCCCAAGAAGAGGGUGGUGAUCACGGGAAUGGGGCUGGUAUCAGUCUUCGGGAAUGACGUCAACACAUUCUACGACAAGCUUCUGGAGGGAGCCAGCGGUAUCGACACCAUUGACAGAUUUGAUAUAUCCAAGUUUCCCACGAAAUUUGCUGGACAAAUUAAGGGAUUCAGUUCUCAAGGAUACAUCGACGGGAAGAAUGAUCGCCGCCUUGAUGACACUCUCCGGUACUGCUUAGUUAGUGGCAAAAGAGCUCUUGAGGACGCUGGCCUGGGUGGAGAAAACUUGAACCAGGUCGACAAAAAAAAGGUGGGUGUGCUCAUAGGAACUGGUAUGGGUGGGCUUUCUGUAUUCUCCGACGGUGUUCAAGCUUUGGUGGAAAAGGGCCACAAGAGGAUCACACCUUUCUUCAUCCCAUACACGAUCACAAACAUGGGGUCUGCCCUUCUCGCCAUUGAUCUUGGAUUGAUGGGUCCCAACUACUCUAUCUCAACUGCGUGUGCCACCUCCAACUACUGUUUCUAUGCAGCUGCGAACCACAUCCGGAGAGGAGAGGCUGAGAUCAUGGUCGCCGGAGGCACAGAGGCAGCCAUUCUCCCAAUUGGAUUAGGUGGCUUCGUGGCCUGCAGGGCAUUAUCGACGAGGAAUGACAGUCCACAAACUGCUUCCAGGCCUUGGGACAAGGAGCGUGAGGGGUUCGUGAUGGGUGAAGGUGCCGGCGUGCUGGUAAUGGAAAGUCUGGAGCAUGCGUUGAAGCGAGGAGCACCAAUUGUUGCGGAGUAUCUGGGAGGUGGGGUGACUUGUGAUGCAUACCACAUGACAGAUCCCCGAGCUGAUGGGUUAGGUGUUUCAUCUUGCAUCGAAAUGAGUUUGGAAGAUGCAGGAGUUGCUGCUGAGGAGGUGAACUACAUCAACGCACAUGCUACUUCUACAAUUGUGGGUGAUUUAGCAGAAGUGAACGCACUGAAGAAUGUUUUCAAAGAUACUUCAGAGAUUAAAAUGAAUGCCACGAAGUCCAUGAUUGGGCACUGCCUUGGAGCUGCUGGAGGUUUGGAAGCGAUUGCUACGAUCAAAGCUAUUGAAACCGGAUGGUUGCAUCCAUCUAUCAAUCAAUUCAACGCAGAGGAGCAAGUGACGUUUGAUACCGUGCCAAAUGUCAAGAAGCAGCAUGAAGUAAAUGUUGCUAUUUCAAAUUCAUUUGGCUUUGGUGGGCACAACUCUUGCGUGGUUUUUGCUCCUUACAGGGCUUAAUGGGUUUCUUAUCAUUUUCAUAAGGUUUUUCCUAUUCUGUAGGCUAGGAUUUGGAAACAAUGGUGACUUCUGGGUUCAUUCAUGUCAUGUAUAAGUACCUUUUUCUGUGCGCUUGAAUGCACUGAAAGUAGUCUCAGUCGGGAUAUUUAGCAAGUGUCACAAGUCAUUAUCUUUCAUUUUGUCCGUCAAACGCGGUGUGAUUGUAACAUUAGAAGGCAUUUCCAUACUAGAUGUGAUAUGAUUUUGCUCCUGGCCCUUACACUUCACUACUGGCUUUUUAUGGUGCCCUCAAUAAAUGCGUUUUCGAGUCCAGUAAACUUGAAACAAAGCAGUGGACUGACAUUUUUUGAA